CCCUUACCUUAGGCUCAUAUCUGGACUCCUGGCUUAAGGAACUUAGCCUCUGACUGUUGAACUGAUUUUAGACACCGGUGGCUGCCUCACGUCGGUGACCGCGGAUUGGCAGGUGUCCAGACCAGAACAUGCCGUUCAACUUACCUGGAAUCCUUGCGCCUCUUCACCUGUUGAUCAAUCCACGGCUGGUCCUGCCGAGUGUUGUCGUGAAAGAUAUCCGCCAGAUCGACUUUCAGGCAUUGCACAAAGCAGGAUAUCGGGGUGCGGUGUUUGACAAGGAUAAUUGCCUAACGAUCCCCCAUGAAGACUGUUUGGUACCAGAGCUCACGGACGCAUGGCGAGAAUGUCGGGAGACGUUCGGGCCGGGAAACGUGCUCAUCGUGAGCAACACGGCCGGGUCACAUAUAGACGUUGGCGAGAUCGAGGCUGAGUCCGUGACGCACCACCUCUCCGUCCCGGUGCUGCGCCACGCUUCGCUCAAGCCAUCAUACUCGUGCAUCAAGAGCAUCCGGGCGUACUUCAGGUCCCUCCCGCAGCCCGUGCGCGACGAGGAGCUCGUGAUUGUGGGUGACCGGCUCCUAACGGAUGUCAUUAUGGCGAACCGGAUGGCGCGGAAAAAGCUCUCUCGAGGUGCGAUCCCUCCUGAUGAAAAGCGUGCUCUGAUCGAGGAAAGGGACGAGGGCUCGGGGCCGGCGCUUCUGGACAGGGUUGGGCCGCUGGCAGUGUGGACGGACGGGCUGUGGAAGAGGGAGUCGUUGGUGCUGCGGGCGAUCGAGAAAGGCAUGCUGAAGGGUGUGGAGAGGUGGGUGCUAGGACCGCAGGAGGCUGCGUGGAGGGAGGGACUGCAGCAUCGAUUCGUGAAACCUGUGUCGGUGGUGGAGGAGCCGGCGGAAUCCCGCGGGCUGGUGAGGAGGAUAUGGGAGAGGCUACAACGGUGAUAGGUACGUGCAUUGGCACGGAAAACUCCUCCGCGAAGCUGGCUUGUAUUCGCCACAGCCCGUGAUGUAAUGAUGUUACCC